AGUGUAGGUGUCGCCAAAAUGAUUCCCCAUCCAAUGUAGACCUACCAGUGAAGUAAAAGACAUUACAUUAUCAAAGCGGGGUUUAAUCUCAACAUUUUUGUAAACCCUUGGUCUACGUUAGUUACUCGUAUGGGUGCUUCGCCAACCUACAGUAGGCUAACAAUUUCAGCGCGGGGGAGUAGGCUAUAAAUGUGUGCGUGAGUUUAUCGCGUGUAUGUGUGCGUGGUCAUGUGAAGACUAAUCACACUUUCCCUCCUCGCGGUCAAUAGAUCAUUAAGAAGAGUAUUACGACCAGGUCCGUGCAUUUAGCUAACUGGUCCGCCUUCUCUUGGCGAAAUUAACACACAUAAGGUUGACCCAGGUUGUACAUUCCUCAUGCCUGAUGAUGAUGCUUGUAUGUAGAAUCAACCCAGGCUAAUAGAGAGACGCAUUGGCUCGGGAUUGCAAAAUGGCUGACAGGCUAACGGUUGACAUCCUCCAAUCACUUUCACCGUUCAACUCGGACGGCACAGACAUAGUGACGAAAGCGUCUCGCGAUCUUCUUUUGGACUGCAUCAGAAGCGAGACGAGACUUAGGGAUGUCUUCUUCCCAAACUUUGAAGCGCCAGAAGCUGCCAAGCUAGUCGAUUUUGGAUCUUUUCCCAUCUCGACCCUGGCGACGCUGUACAUAGCAGAGGCUAUCGCCAAGCUUCAGGACCCUUACAAUUUUCACCAUACAAUCAAUAAGGACAGAGUAGAGGACAAGCUAGACGAGAUUUAUCAAAGUCUGCAAUGGAAAAAAUUAGGGUUUCAGGUGUACUCUCUGGUGUAUCCCGAUGUUGUCAAAGACGCCAAGACUAACGUGACUCUGCGAGAUUUUAUGGAUUCAGGAGGGUCAAAGUGGGCUGACCACUUGGUAAAACGUAUGCAAGAGCCAUCGUGGACCAAAAGUAUGCAGAGAAAGAUCGUUAAAGGCAAAUGCUCAGAGGAUAUCUACAACAGAGACAUGAACGCUGUGUUCGUCAAGCUCCAUCUGCUGGACCCACAAUCCGUUAUAGCUGCUUACCACUUCCUGUUGAAUCAAAGAGCGUUGCCGGUUGUCAACUUGGAGCUUGCCACUCGCAACUAUCUCGGCGGACCUCUGGGCUGGACAUUGGUUCAGAAGGACGUUACCCGCGCAGAGCAUAAACCUAGCUCCCCCGUGUACAUAAGUAAACUGAGCCUCAACUCGGAAGUCGACGUACAUCACGGCAUUGAGGUGGACGAGUUCAUUGUGACGGAGUGUAGGAAUCUUGGCUUGUGGUCUGGGUCCAGGCCUGACAACUAUAAGGCCAUGAAAUCUCAAGAGAGAUGCAGGCUAAUGUAAAUAUGUUACAGGGAGGUCAUUAUAAUACCACAGAAUGCUGACCACACCAUACAAAGCCUGAAAUACUGGCCAUUGAACACUACUUUAGAAGACAAACUAAAUGGAGAACAUUGGACACCACUGCACAGUUAUCUCAGAUAUAGGAAAAGUCUGAACCUACCAAGUAUGAGUUGUUGAUACUCUGAACUUAUUGCCCAUGUUUUCCAGAAUAACACUAUUUUAACUUUGACCUGGUAAUUUAAAUGAAGUUCAAUCACAGAUGCUUGUGGAUAGUAAUUUCUCCAGGAAUAAGUUAGUUGAAUAAAUCGCUCUGCAUGUCUAGUCUACAAAAAUCAGUGUCUACCAAGCAACCAUUCUAUGACGAUCCUGAGACAAGGGCAACUAAGACUUCUUGAACGCUUUCACCAAAGAUGUUUUCACUUCAUCAAGACAUACGGUGAGAGACCGCACUACAAACAGCAAUGUUCCAGUGAAGGCAGUUAUGGACAGUAUAGAGCAGGGGUCUCAAACUCAUUUCAGCAUGUGGGCCACAGUGGAAAGUAACCACCAUUCAGCGGGCCACACCACAAAAAGAGAAUGUUUUUUCAUUAAAUUUUACGAACACUACUGUCACUGCAGUUAAAUGCUAAAAUUAAGUUUUUAUAAUAUAAUUAUUAAUUACAUUUAGUGUAGCUUAUUACAUGCACAGGCAGUUUAGUUGACCAGACCAUCGACGUUAGGCCUGAGGUCGCGUGUAGUGACAAGCCGCAAGAUUGCUCUCAGAUGCUUAUCAGUCAGUCUUGAUCGUAAUGCUGUUUUUUUUUUUAUCUUCAUUCUGGAAAAAAACUGUUCGCAAACGUACGUACUCCCAAACAUCGAUAGAAUUCUAGCAGCUGCGCAGAAUAAGUUUGGAAACUUCUCUCUGGAAAGAAACUGGUAGAAAUCUGGAACACCAACAUCAGCAUAUUUUUGCUUCAGAACAGUGUCACACUGCAGAUCCAGUAGUUCCAUCUGGACUUCCUCUGGAACGUUUUUCACUUCAACUGCGAACAAGGAAAAACUGUGGUUUGAGAGCAGGGAAUUGAUGAAAGCGGUGUUCAAAAUCUUCCAGUAGUCUCCGUCUUUCAUUGCCAUGAGCAAUGCUAUUUCCCGUCUCAGUUCAAAAAAUCUCUGCAGCACUUUUCCUAAUUCAACCAUCUGACUUCCGUAUGAUAAAGCAACUCUCCGUAUUCCGUUUCUAAAUCUGAUUUGUUCCGUUUCUAAAUCAGCUAGAAAUGACACAAACUGUCUGUGGUUGAGACCCCGUGCACGUAUGAAGUUAACCCUCCCUCUUCACGACAACAUCCAUAACGUUCUUCAUUUGUAGACUUUUGCCACAGAGUGCUUCUUGGUGCAGAAUGCAGUGUAUGGCUGCAAAAGGUCCCGCCAAGCUGAGCUGAUACCGUUUCUCUAACAUUAAUCCAACAACACCAACCUUCUCUGAACACAUUGCUGGUGCACCGUCCUUAGCCACUGAAACAAGUUUUUCAUACGGUAGCCCAUACCUGUCAAUACAAGCUUUCGCUUCUUGAAACCCGUCGCGUAUAUUCAUCGUUCCUUUUAUAGGUAGUAUGUCCAACAGCUUUUCCACAAUGUUCAAGUUUUCGUCGACCCCACGAAUGAAUACGUCACAAUAUGCGGUGUCUGUUACACCAGUAGACUCGUCCAGUGCAAUGGAAUAUACUACAAAGUCUUUUGCAGCGGCACUCAGUUGCUGUUGAACAUUUGUCGCUGACUCGGUGAUCCUGCUUGCCACUGUGUUCGCAGACAAACUUAUGCCUUCGAAGAGUUUCUUUUUCUCGGGGUAGAUAAAUUCACACGCCUGUAGCAUACACUCUUUUACAAACUGGCCUUCAGUGAAUGGUCGUGAUGCCAUCUGGCUAACAACAAAGCUUGCCUUCACAGAAUCUUCGCUUGCAGUGGGGGGACACCUCAUUUACUGUUUGUGCAGUUGUAAAUCAUUUCACGGCUUAUAUAUGGUCAUUGUAAAUUUUAUCUAAUUUUUUUGAAUUCGCGGAAGUGGCCGCGGGCCACACAAAUUUGUUUCGCGGGCCACCUACACGUGUUUGAGACCCCUGGUAUAGAGGGACUUUUUAUGAGCCAACACUUAUGCUGAGAAAGCACUAUCCCAUAUGGGGGGAGGAACAUUUGCAAAAGGCAGCCUUUUUUUGUGAGCUAAAAGGUGGAAUACGUAACAGAGAUGUCCCACAGAAACGCUUUAAAGACCAGCUUAGGCACCAACUUGCUUCAACUGGCAUUGAAGUGGGCAUCUGAAUGCAGGCAGCUUCAGAACGAGAUAGCUGGAGAAUUUUUACUAGGGCCACGGGAUACACUUUAGAGACCAAAACAAAAUCUGCUGCCGAGAACAGACGUAGACAGCGAAAAGAUAAUCUAAAUCGACCACCGGCAUAUUAUAGUUAUGUUUGCAUUGGAUGUGGCAAACUAUAUGGGUCGCCACUUCAAAAACUGCACUUCUCUUUAACCUUUGAAGACAAGGCUUCUAUAAAGGCAUCAAGGAAACCUGUGUCCAAUUAUCCCCUCCCUUCCACUGUGAGGCUACAGAGAUUUGAGCAUAGCGCUUUGUGAAUGGUAUAAGCAUGAAACUUGCACUAUAAAAAAGGUAUUCAAUUAUUUCAAUGCAAUUCAUAAUUAUUCAACGCUUUUUAUUUUGUACUUUAAUAGUGCACAGACUGUUAUGACCAUUUAGUAGAUUAAUCUAUUAUGGAACUAUAAAAGAAAAAAAAAAUGAAAUAAAGUUGGCAGAGGUAUGUUUGGUUAUUGUGGUUUUAUUUACAUUAAUUGCAGAGAGUGGUGAAGUGGCUUUUACUUUGUUGACAAGGCUAAUAGAACCUACACAUACAAUACAAUGGUGCCCAAAUGCUUCAUUAGGUCUCUUAAUUCAUUUGUUUGCAAAGAAAUGUUUUAGUGUUCUGCAAUAAGCCUGGUGACAUAAGCGGUGUUUUUUCCCUUUUACGUCAUGGAAAAUAUUCAUUCAUAAAACAUUCUAGCCAGAAUUAAUUUUUCGAUAAAGAAACAUUUUUAAACCGAUAUAACAGUCGAACUCAAGUUUUUCCCUUGUGGCCAAUGAGUUGAGAAUUUUUUUUCUCAUUUAUAUACAUAUACCUUGAAAUUUUAAAGAAAAUCGUUAUAGCCAUUUUCAAAAUAAAAUUUAUAUACACACACACAUAUAUAUAUAUGCAUACAGAACUUCCUGAUAGGAAGAAAACAAACUGUAAUAUUAAAUGGCUCCAAAUCUACACCAAUAACAGUAAACUCAGGUGUGCCUCAGGGAACAGUCUUAGAUCCACUACUGUUUCUAAUUAAAUUUACAUACUUGACCUAUCAGGAAUACAUAAAUGACUUACAAGGAACAAAAGUCAGAUUAUUUGCAGACAAUCACUAAUUAUACAGAACAAUUAAAUCAACACAAGAUACAGAAAUUUUACAAAAACAAAUUAGAAGAAUUACAGAAAUCCAGGUGCAGUGAAAUAAUGCUAAGAUCCAACUUAUUUUCCAUGUUUCUUCAAUUCAUGUCGUUUCAAACUACCUUUCUGAGAAGAACAAUAACUACAAUGUACACAUUUAAAUGGCUUUUCUCCUGUAUGUGUUCUAAUGUGUGUCACCAAAGUCAUUUUACUUUUACUUCUGUAGUCACAUAUUUCACAUUGAAAUGGCCUUUCAUUGGUGUGAGUUCUAAUAUGAACAGUCAAACAAUCACUUGUGGUUGAAGAGUAAUUGCAAUAAGGACAUUUGUAUGGUUUUUCUCCUGUAUGACUUCUAAUGUGUCUAAUCAAACUACUUUUAUUAUUACUAUUGUAUUCACAUUUAUCACAUUGAAAUGGUCUUUCAUUGGUGUGUCUUCUUAUAUGAACUGUUAAAGAAUUACUUGUGCUUGAUGCGUGAUUGCAAAAAGGACAUUUAUAUGGUUUUUCUCCUGUAUGACUUCUAAUGUGUCUCAGAAAAUUAGCUUUAAUUUUGCUACUGUAGUCACAUAUUUCACAUUGAAAUGAUCCACUUGUGUGUAUCAUCAUAUGGACUGUUAAGUUCCAAUCAAAAGUUGCGGCAUAACGGCAUAAAGGACAUUUAAAUAGUUUUCCCCCAUGUGUAUGAAUUUUAAUAUGUUCUAACAUCCCUUUUUUAUAUUCUGAUCUAUAUUCACAAGAUAAACAUUUAUAAAAUCCUCCUCUUUUAACUAAAUUUGUACCUUCACAAUUUGAUGAAACUUUCAUUUUGUCAAUAAAAGUAUCUGAACUAUAAAAACUUUUACAAAAAGACACUUUUCGACUAUAGAUAGUCUUCUUGGAUUGUUGAGCCUGAUAUAAAUUUAUAAACUUAUCAUCUGGCUGGUUACCUUUCACAGUGCCAUAACUUGUUUUUUUCACAUGAUACAGGUCAAUACCUUCCUCUUGACCUAGUAAUGUGUUAUUGAUAUAAUGUCUUUCCUGUAGAGCUAGUAAUCCAAUCCUUCCAUCUGGCUUCAAGUCUUCCCUUGUCUCUGUUGAUGAACUCAAAGGAUGAGACAUGGAAUGUUGUGUCUCCAACAAUUCAUUUUCUUUGUGUCUUUUUCUGGAAUGUUUCAUCAGUUGUUGGUGAGAUGUCUUGGACACACUGCAAACACUACAUUUAUAUUUCAGUUCUGGAAAGAAAAAAAAAAGUUUUAUUCAAAUUUUAGAAAAUGAAAAAUACAGUGAAUCAAAAAAUGAAGUAGACCUACUAAUGUAAAAAAAAAGACAACAAAUGUUGAGUGGAAAAUCACAGGGGGAAAAAAAAAGGGGGGGGGGGG